AAGAGUUGGAUAGCGCAAGGGGUGGCAUGUUUUUCCUUCCUCCCUAACUUUAUUACUUUAUCCCAAGAAUGCGCGCAGAAGUUGGAGUGAAAGUUAAAAGAAAGCUAUAGAAAGUCUGAAAGGACUAGACUGCCAGCCAGGGAGGCAAACCCAAACUCCCUGCCGCGGGGUCAAGUCUCCCGCCUGACUCCUCAGACUGUAUGACCGGGGUAACCUCAAUACAUCGGCCAACACCUUCGUCGAUUAAAAAUAGUAAACACUGUAACGGAACUGAAUCCGUUUGGGAACGUGAGGACAGCUGACAAUAUGGAUGUUUAUUACAGAGUCAGAUCAUUUUGAAUAACAACAAUAAUUCUGUGGUUUGGAGAAAUAGUUUGGGUUUCUGAUCCAGUUGUAAUAUCUGGCUUGCCUGUAUUGGCAUCGGUUUCUUGUUGCUUUUGUUGUUUUGUUUCUUGUUCUUUUGUCCUGCAUUUAUCUGUAGUCUGUGUAAGAAUUUCAGACAAACUGCUUGGAGCUAUACUGUAGCUGAUGUCAUGGUUAAUCCCCUUCUUGACUUCAACACAUCCGAAAGAGAAACCAUAGAAUUAACCCCUUGUUACCUCUAAAACCUCUUUAUUUCCAGUGGAACAUCAGGCACCGGGUUUCACAAAGUAAAUACAUUGCAGAAGCUAAAGCUGUUUCUCUUCACAGGCCCAGACACACAGUAACAGACCUCAGUAACAGAGUAACAAUUAUAAAAUCAAUGUUUGUUGUUCUUAUUUUUUUAAUGAGCAUAAUUUGUAAAAUAAAUAAUGAAGCACUGCUGCUGUUCUAGAAAAGGUCCGAUUCUGGGUUAUGAAAGAAAUACCAUUAUACUGUAGUUGUGAAAGCUUUGAAAACCCCACCCCAGACCACUUCAGGGAACUGCUUUCCAACAAGGGGUGGAUUCAGAAAUGUUGCUAACUCCAGUCUCUCUUUAUUUAAUUUGCCUAGCAGAGUUUUUAAGCCUUGUGAAAACAAACAGUAUGAAGUACUUGAGAUCCAAUUAUAGUAAGAGCUAAUUUACCAUCAAUCGAAAAGCAUCAACAUGCAACACCCUGAACUAUAUUAUAUACAUUUGUAAAAUCCUUCCAUCUAUAAUGCCUUUGGUUUCUUCACCUCUGGUGAACAUUGAAAAAUACAUACCUGCACUUGUCUCAGUUGUCAGCCAUGAGGGCCCCUUCUGUACCCUGAGUCCCUGGGUCCCUUCUGUACCCUGAGUCCCUGGGUCCCUUCUCUACCCAGGUUGCAAGGAGUUUCUUUGGGGGAUUCUGCUGAAAGGGACGGUCUGUAACCAUGACUCAGUCGCUGCCAGUCAACCCAAAACUGCCUGAUCUGGGCGCACCCUUUCUAUACUCCGGCCAGGGGGAGGCAGAUCAGCAGGGAUCUUAUUCGGUCCAGACUCCGUACGGCUUCCAGCUUGACCUGGACUUCCUCAAGUAUGUGGAAGAGAUAGAGAGCGGCCACCAUGUCCGCCGGGCUCCCGCCAGCUCCCGCAGGUCCUCUCGGGGGGUCAAAGCCUCCCAGCGAAGCCCGAGUGUCGGAGGGCGCACCAGUGGCUGGACCUCCACCGAGUCCCUCUCUUCGCCCGCCAGUGAAGAUGGUCGCGUGCCCCCACCCCCGCCCCCCCGGAACCGCAUCGGCUCCGCUCCCAGCGAGAUCCAGUCCCUGUCCCCACUCGCCGUCCUCAACCCCCCGCUCUCUGCCGGCGCCAAAGUGCCACCGCAGCCUCCACUACGUAACCCCAGGGUGGAGAGGACCCUGCUGGAGACCAGCCUGAGACUGCAGCAGGAGCAGAGCCACCAGCUCAGAAAUGGCACCCGCUUCCAGCUCUCCGACCCACCGAAGCAAACCCCCAGGGCCGUCCCUGCUCACGCCAGCCAAGCUAGUGGAGCAGCCCCGCUGGAGGGCCAGUCUGGGCACCUGUCCUCCGUCUCCCCCAGUCCGCCUCAGAGCAGCCUAACCAGACCCAGCCCACACACUUCUGGUAUCAGCACUCCGGCCUCCAGCGCCGGACUGGCCCCUCUGCCACCCAGCCAGCUGCAGACGGUGAGAGAGCAGAUGGCCACUGCCCUGAGGCAACUGAAGGAGAUGGAGGAGCGAAUGAAGGGCGUCCCAGUGCUGGAGAGAGAGGUGGCCAAGCUGCGGGCUGAGAAGGACAUGCUCCUGCUGGCUCUGCAGGAGAAGACGUCAGCGAUGGACGCAGGAACCCAGAGCCAGGAAAGGCCUCCCCUGUCCCCCAAGAGUCUCAGAGGUCCUAUGAGUCCAGUCAAAGUCGGGGAGCUCAAGAAGCUGACGGAAAAGUUCGAAGGCAAGGCGGGGAAAGACGGCGCACAUUCUGAGAAGGUUCUGGCGAAGGCUGUGGAGAGGUCUGUGGCGGUCGGGGACGACGUGCCGCUGGACUCCGGGGUCUUCUACUACAGCCUGGGCACCAAGGAUGCCUCGGAGGGCACGGACCGGCUGGACGUCUGUGAGAAAGGCGUGGCCACGGAGGUGAGGACCGUACGGGAGGAGGGGGCGCAGGCAGAGGUGGAAACGGAGGAGGCUUCGGUUUGGGUGAUGGAGUCCAUGCUGGGGCUGAGCAAUGACGCCCAGAAAGAGAUCGACACCCUACAGGACACCAUCAAGUUCCAGCAGGAAUCCAUCUCGGCACUGGAGAGGCGAAUUGGCCAGGCAGACAGGGACCUGGCCGUGUUUGAAGCCCAAGAGGAUGAGAGGAAGUCCAAGACAAUGGCCGAGAAGGGGGUUCUUGCCAAACCCGACGUGGCUCAUGCCCGGGUGGGCACGGACAUGUCUACGACGUCCGUGCCAGCUGUACAGCACGUCGCUGUCUCCUGUUACCCUGAGGUGGUCGACACAUGCGUUGGUGCGGAUUUAAGAGCUGUAUGUUCCAACCAGUCCACUCAGACUGACGCGGCGGAGAAGCCUGCAGAAGAGGAGGCGACUCCGGUAGCUCUGGUCAGCACUGGAAGUCAAUGGGAGAACAUGCAUGUGGAGGAGGCUACAGAGCAGAAAGUUCCAGGCACUGCGCUGAAAAGGAGACAGAUGACCGUUUCGGAGUACGAGGUCAACCCGGGAGAGGAGACGGUCAGUUUAGCCAGAGGAAAGGGUGGGAAUGAGGACCCCAGCGACCUUACAACUUCAACGUCGAUUGGAGGUUUGUUGAAAUCUAUCAUGAAGAAGAAGGAUGGAAGCGGCUUGGGCGAAUCACACACCAGUGGCAAGAAGAGCUUGCAGUUUGUCGGCAUUCUCAAUGGGGGGUACGAGUCGACGUCCAGUGAAGAGGAGGAUGAGGAGGAAGAAGAGGCGAGUUCCUCUGGUGGCAGUGAAGCGGGGAAUUGCUCGGACAGUAGUGAUGUUGAAGACGCAGAGGCGGCUUUGGAGGAGACAUCAGACGAGGAAAGAAACAUGAAUGUGGAGGACAGUGACAGUGACAACAUGGCUGAGGACAGUUCUGAUGGAGUGAAAGAGAAGUUUGAGUUGAGUGCAAAAAUGCGUGAGGCUUGUCUCAUUCUCAAGAACAACUUGAAUGAUGAGGGAAAAACACUGAAGACUAAAGAAGUGUUGUCUAGCAUCCACACCGUCCAGCUGGAAUGGUUUCGCGUCUCCAGCGCCAAGAUGGCCCAGCCGUCCCGCGUCUCCAACUACCUGAUGGCCUUCACAGAAAUCUCCUCAGCCCUGCUGGCCCACGUGGUCAACAUGACUGACGGCAAUGGCAACACAGCCCUGCACUACAGUGUGUCCCACUCCAAUUUCGCCGUGGUCAAACUGCUGCUGGACACGGGCAUGUGUCGUGUAGAUAAGCAGAACAAGGCGGGCUACACCGCUAUCAUGCUGGCGGCUCUCUCGGCCGUGAAAGUGGAGGAGGACAUGGUCGUGGUCAGGAAGCUCUUCGGUCGAGGCAACGUGAAUGCCAAGGCCAGCCAGGCCGGCCAGACUGCGUUGAUGCUAGCCGUCAGCCACGGGCGCCAGGAGAUGGUGCGGGCGCUGCUGGACUGCGGCGCAGACGUCAACGUGCAGGAUGACGAGGGAUCCACGGCGCUCAUGUGUGCCAGCGAGCACGGCCGCGCCGAGAUCGUCUCGCUGCUCCUGGAGCAGCCGGGCUGCGACAUCUCCAUCGUGGACAACGACGGCAGUAACGCUCUCUCCAUCGCCCUGGAGGCCUCUCAUAAUGACACAGCUGUGCUGCUCUACGCCCACAUGAACUACGCCAAGGCCCAGGCCGCUGGGACGACCAAGACCCGAAGCCCCACUAGUCCUCAAAAGACGUGGCCAGCAGCGGAGUGAAGGGUCACCAAGACGGACAAACAGAACUGGACAUGAGCCUUAAAUGCGCUCCACUGGAAUAACUCGGAUAUCUGCAGAAAUAUAUAUAUUUAUGUCAUGACAUAUGGCAUUCAUUUAUUUUUUAUUGUUAAUAUUGUUGUUUUCCGUGAAUGCUUUAAAACUGUUAUUAUAUACACUACUAAUCUGCGUUCACAACACGUCUGACCAGGUCAAAAUCGUCAGCAUCUAUUUUUCUAUGAUACAAUAAAGCAGACCACACAUUUAUUUGCACUUGUUUGCUGUGUUUAGUUUUAGUCCCCCCAGUCCAGAGUCUAACUGCCUUCUCAAACUUCAUGCCAAAAUGGUUCAAGUCUGCACUAACUGUCUAUGUAUUGUAUAUUCAUGUAUCUAUUUUCAUGUAAAACAAAAAUAAACAUAUAUUUACAUAA